CGAACAGCGGCUACAGCCGGACUGACAAAUGUCGAACGUCGGAAAAAAUAAGUUUCUCCACUGAGGAAAGUACUUUUUCGUGCAAUUGGUAUCCAUCAAACGCUGCAGUUUACUUCAUCGCGCAAGUAAAGUAUGAAAAGUGUGGUAGAGCGUUAGUAUUUUGUCCCCCAAAGAUAGUUGAAAGUAACGCUGUGUGCAGAGGGAAGACCGGCAAAGUGCAGAAGAAGCGGAAAAGCCAGUUUUUGUAUCGCUGGUAAUUUGUAGUGGUGGUAGUGCAGAGAGGGCCGCUAUAUCUGCCUGUGUGCUGUCCGUGUGGUGGUGUGGUGUCAUCGACGGUGUAAAAGAGCUUUACACAGUCGCGCUGACUGAAGCAGAGAAAGAUGGCCGAUGGCGUUGAAAUCGAUCUGUACGCCGAUGAUUUGGACCAGGAUUACGCGCAAAACAAUGACGAUUUCGGUGGCGAUAGUGGCGACCUGUACGACGAUGUAAUCGUACCAUCCGGGGACCGCAACAAUGCGGGCAGAGGCCCGUCGAUGGACCGGGGCGACGGUGUCGAUACGAAUGGUUCGUACCACCAUCAUCCCGGGGCUUGGUCGCUCAGCCACAUUCCACGCCGUCAUCAGCUGUACGUGGGCAAUCUGCCCUGGUGGACGACGGACCAGGACAUCACCGACUCGGUCGCGGACGUUGGCGUGAACGAUUUCCAGGAGGUGAAGUUCUUCGAGAAUCGUGCCAAUGGACAAUCGAAGGGUUUCUGCGUGAUUUCGCUCGGUUCGGAAAACAGCAUGCGGCUCGUAAUGGAACGACUACCGAAGAAGGAACUGCACGGUCAGAAUCCGGUCGUGACACUGCCAACGAAGCAGGCGCUGAAUCAGUUCGAAAGCCAGCAAAAAACCCGACCCACGCCACCGGCACCAGGGCAAAGCAAUGGACCGCGACCGCCUGUACCCGGCAUGCCGAUGGGUGGCCCGGGCGGACCAGGUGGCGGCCACGGAGGACCGGGCAUGGGAGGGCCGGGAGGGCCUCCGGGUGGCGGUCCUGGUGGACCGGGAGGACCAGGUGGUAUGGGCGGUCCCGGCGGACCGCAGCCACGGAUGAUGAACCCCAAUAUGCCGCCGGGCAUGCGUCCACCGCACCCGCACAUGUCCGGACCGAUGCACAUGCAGGGACCGCACGGCGGACCGGGCGGGCCACCGCGACCACAGGGACCGCCAAUGCAUCAAGGGAAUGGACCACCGCAGCAACCGCCUCGAUUCCAGAAUCAAAACCAAUGGAAUGGUCCGCCACGAAUGAACGGUCCGCGACCAGGCGGCCCGGGGGGUCCAGGCCCAAUGCAGCACAGGCCGCAAAUGUUCCAAGGACCGCCGAACGGUAUGCCACGUGGACCACGCCCGGAAUGGAACCGGCCGCCCAUGCACGGUGGUUACCCGCCGGGUCAUCCUGGUGGCCCCGGACAGGGACCACCGCACAUGCAGGGAGGGCCACACGGACCGCGCGCUCCCCAUCACGGAUCGAUGGGUGGGCCGCCGGGACCGCAAGGUCCUGCCCCGCACGUGAAUCCGGCGUUCUUUAAUCAGGGCGGUGGCCCACCGAAUCAUCCCAAUGGAGGUGGCCCCGUCGGACCGCCGCACGGUCCACAGGGACAGGGCGGGGGACCGCCGCAACACUUCAACCCACAGGGUGGUGGAGCUCCACGGGGCGGUCCAUGGCCGGUACAGGGUGGCAAGCCGCCGGGUGCGCCAGGCGGAUUCCCUGAACAUCCGGUCAUCACCCCGCAGCUGAGCGAAGCCGAAUUCGAGGAGAUUAUGACCAGGAACCGUACAGUCAGUAGUUCCGCCAUCGCGAGAGCCGUAUCGGAUGCCGCUGCUGGCGAAUACUCAAGCGCAACCGAAACACUGGAAACGGCGAUCUCGCUUAUCAAGCAGUCCAAGGUGGCUCAAGACGAACGGUGUAAGAUUUUGAUUGUCUCGCUGCAAGACACGCUGCACGGCAUCGAGGCGAAGAGCUACACCCGGCGAGAGCGUUCCCGGUCGCGCGAACGCUCGCACAGACGCCAGCGCCGGGAGCGGUCAACGUCACGCUACCGGGAACGUUCGCGCGAUCGCGAGCGGGAGCGUGAGCGUGAUCGGGAUCGUGACCGUGAACGUGAUGGCUCUCGCCGAUCUCGCCCAAGGAAAUCUCCGGAACCGGCCACUGAUAACGCAACGGAUAGCUCGUCGAAACGGUACUACAACGACGAUCGCUACCGUUCGUCGGAUCGUGAGCGGGAGCGCGAUCGCGACCGCGAGCGCCGUGAAGAUCAUCGAUCACGGCAUUAAGUAGUGCUAAAAUGAACCCUUAUAUUUUCGAACGCUACUAGCAAAACGGAACUAGCUGGUUGCCUCAAAAUUCCUGCAACGCUACACUACAAUUGAAUUCUAAAGUUUUUGGGCGAUUGUCUUUUUUGACAGUUCAGUUCCCAUUUCCAUGGAGAGAAGUUAAUGUGAAACAAAAUGAACUACACACACGGUCCGCAGCCCGAUCCUUUUGCCCCGUAAUACUUCCCCCAGUUUUAUAUAUGUAUCGAUGUUUCCCCACAUCUCGCCCAAAGUUUUUGAAAGUAGUUUAAUUUGAAGUUUUGGUUUCUAUUUUGUAUAAAAUUAGUGCAAAAGUCGUUCCAAACAUGGAGCAAAAUGUAGUAAGUUCAUUGUGAAACAAGAAUAUCUCAUAUACACGUUUUAAUUGCACGACGCUCUCGAGUUUCCCCCUGAUCUCGUUGCACUUACAAAAGCGCCGCCGUAUCGUCUCUCUGUAUGCAAAGUGUUUAGACGGAGAAUGUAUCUUCUUUUUUUAAAUUCCAUUUGCACUAUAACUAUUCUACCAAAAUGAGACGUGGGAAGCAUCUGAGAGCAUAAUAAUACGCCACAUAGCUAAAUGUAACGCAGAGAAGGACGCAUCGGAGCGCAGGCAUGGUGACAAAGAUUUAAGGCGCGCAACGGCAAAGAGGAAGCAUCAAUAUAUAUUCAAACUAUACAUCCAUCCCGCUCUACUACUAGCAGAGUACACUUCCCAUCAUUGGCGUUCCUCUAAGCAAGCAGCAACAGGAAUGACAAUCUGGUGCAGCGACAACAGUGUUGUGUGCAAGCAUGCGCGCGUGUGUUUGGUGUGUGUGUGAGUGUUGUUCCGUCAGUGGUUUAAAGAUCUGUUACAACUCCUGAAGACUCCUUGCGGGUCGUGUGCGUUCCGUGUGUACAUCCUGCUACGUACGAUCCAUGCCCGACGGCAGUGGGUGCAUCUUGAACGGUCAGCAGACUCAGCAUUGACAACGCAACGACUCCCAGCACUUCCCGGCGGCAGUAGUUUCCUGAUGGCUGCAGCAGCGGCAGCAGCAGCUGUAGCAGCAGCAGCAGCAGCAGCAGCAGCAGCAGUAAUCAUCAGCGGCAAGCGGGUAAUGCUGGAGGAGGCCACGUGUUGCUGUGACAGUGACGCACGACUCGACGAUGACGACGCUACUGAUCCGCAAAGAAGAUUGUAACACAUCCCUCUUUUUGAAGUCAAUAAUUAUAAACGUAAUCAGAGAGAAAAAAAAUCAAAAAAAAGAAAAAAAAUGUGCAAAUUUUGUGUACCGUGUUGUGUAUUCUGUCCCUCCCUUUAUCAUUAUUAUUAUUAUUAUUAUUACCACACUAGUCUUGCACAGAGAGAACGUAUUACGAAUGAAAAACCAAUGUAAUGUAUUGUGUCACACAUCUUUAAGCUAAGUUUUUUUGUUUGUUUAUUUUACGAAAACCCAACACAUGUUUUCUUUUUGUACUUCGACUAAUUUUUGUACGGCGGUAUGACUUUAUUUUAGUUUAUUCGUUUAGUUUUGUUGUAAAAAAAAACCCAUGACAGAUCGCACAUGCGACGACUGAAUAAGCACUUUGUGUGAGAGCGUGCUUGGGAGUACUGUUGUUUAUUUUAGUACUGCAGCUAGAUAGAGAUGCUUGGCUGGAAGAAGUGUAAAAACUGUUUGAUAAUUUUACUCCAGCUGAGGCAAUGCAAGGGACUAGAGAAACAUAAACAUGUUGCGACAAAGCGGAGCUGAAGUAACGGUGACGAACAUAUUGUAAAAUUAUCAAAAAUCCUAGAAGGUCUUUUGUAACACGAAACGUAGAUAUCUAAUACUGUUAAGGCCAAAUGUAACCGCGGCAUUUGUGGAAAACGGUGCAUUCCACUGUAAGCUGCCCUUAAGAGCAAAUGAGCUUCUUACUGUACCCCGAUCUUCGUCGGCCCGAAAAAGCCAACUCAUCUUUUUUGAGGAAUCAAACAAAUAUUGCGAUGUCGGUGUUAAAACUGAUGUAAACUUGUUACUGUGUAGCAAGUGCGUGUAUGUAUGUAACAUUUAUGUACCUUUGAUCAAUGGACGUUGGGGGAGAAGUUAAAGGACGAGCACAGGCGGUAUCGAGAAUCCAUUUGUAUCAUGAUUCACGAUGCCCAAGCAUAUGCCCCACAUUUUAUGUAUAAAGGCUGUGUUGUAAUGACAGAAAACCUAUGUCCUGUUUCUUUUUAUAAAAACAAGAUCAAAUUGUACGACGGGAUUUGUACAGUAUAGCAAAGACAACAGAUAGAAUUAAGUAAAGUGUACAAAACGCGUUCUAUCUUUACUGACGAGCUUUAUAUGUAUGUAGUAUUAUUACGAAAACUACCAUCUAGACGCUUUUACCUUUUGUAAAUUUAUUACUUUGCGUUAUUAGACGAGCUGCUCUCUUCUUGGUAUUUAUCAUUCUCGUUAUUUGUACAAUGCGUGUAGCGCGUUAUCUCUUGCGUCUAGUUUUACCAAAAAGAAAGAAGGAACAAAGAAACAUAUCAGUCAUAUUUAAGGAUUUUUUUUUGCAAAUGCAUAUUUGUAAGGGCAUUACACACUUGAACUGUACGCGAAGAAAGGGAAUGCAACGAGGCAAGACUGAACUCUCUGUCUCUAAGACUGUGAACGUAUCUCAUUACAUUCAAGCCAUUUUAAACAUUUGGGACGGGCAGCAGUUGACUUGCAUACUCGUAGAUUGAUAACUUAUUAUUUUUUAAUUGUUAUAUUAUAAUGUCAGAAACCUGCAAUGCAAACUAAUACCGUUGUAAGUGGUUCACAAUAUUGUUAAGACACUGUGGAAGAAAUUUGGGCUUAGCAAAGUAGUACUAUUGUGAUUGGACGUUUUUAACAAGCUUGUUAAACUACUCCGUGAUCCGUGUAUCGAUUAAUAAGAUGUUGAACGUAUGAGGACGUACCGAUUCGCAGAAUGUCUAAACAUUUACUAUAUAAUGUGUCUUUUGUAACAAUUUUAAACUCAAUUAUUCUAUCCUGUUAUGGGGAUUCUCGAUCCUAGUCGGGUCCAAGGUCCAUAAAUUACUACAGGUCGUUGCGUACAGUGUACUUCGACAAAUUUUCAUUACACAGCUAGGGAGUCCACAGUUACUUAGCAACUCAUACAAAGCCCUUAGCAAUCCUUGCGCCAUAUGUGCCAAUCUCCAUAGAAAUCUCCAUCCAUUAUGGCCACCAAAAACACAGCUAAGGACCCACCUGUAGUCUAUCUAGGCACCUUGGUCGAGUCGAGAAAUUUGACUCGAUUGCUUUUUGAAAUAUGGUUGCUUGUAAAAAAAAAAUCUGGUAUGAAAAAUCAAACGAGACGGGCAGUCGACGUCACAGUAGGCGACAGUCAGAGUAAUCUCUCAGAGAUGACCUUAAAAUACGCUUAAAAAAAAUUGAAUGUUAGCCAUAAAAAAUAAGGAAUUUCUUCAUAGACAAUCAUAGGAAAUGGUUUAUUCUAGUCUAAUUUCUAAUUGAAUUAUAGUUUGUUUUUAUUUGGUCCGUCAGCUUUGGUUAAAUGGCUUUCUUUAAUUAAUUUUUAACACAUAUCAGUCAUCUCAAAUGGUCAUUGCAGAAAACUGAAAUAUUUUUCUUCAAAACUAGCAUUUUGAUAUUGAGAACAAGUGGCUUAAAUCGAGACUCUGGAAUCGAAAAAAAAAAAACGAUUUCGCUUUAUUUAUAGAACUCUUCUACUAGACAGACACAUUUCUAUGGCAACCUCGAAACAGCAAUAGAAUUCCGCGAUAGUUUAGUAGCCUAGUAGCUCCUAUUUUCUUAACAAUAUUCAACUCGACGUCGACACAUCUCGUUUGCGCAAGAACAGAAUAAGCCUGAAUAAUACUCCAUAAAGAAAACAAUGCCCAACAGGAUUAACUUCUUAACGUCCUAAGGGAGGAAUUGUGUAUGAAACCCAACGGUGGUUGGAUGGAAUCAAUUAUUCCUGCUGGGAACUCUCCGGGGUGUGCGAUCGAUGAAAGGACAAGCUUUCCCAAUACGCUAAGACACGCAUUGUAUUAAUUAUCAAUCAGCCCUCGAAAUGGUACAUACAUCCCUCUGCUUUUACACAAAAUUGUAAUUAUGAAUAGGACAAAGAGACUCGAUUUUAGUUGGGUUUAUCGCGUUGUUACUGUUACGUUAUAACAUCCUGUUGAAUGACGCAGAAUUAACUGUUAGAUAAAAAAUUGGGGAGGGUUGAGCUGACACAGUAUGCCAUGAGACGAUUGUUUCGUCGUAAACACGAACUACAAAAAGGUAAGCAUUUUAAAACGUUGCCUAAUCUAUACUAUAAAAUUACACUAAAUAGUCGUAAGAGGGUAGAGUAAAUGUAAAUGUGAGUGCCAGUAGUAGAGAGCAUUGUGUUGUUAUACAUUUGUAAGCAAACUCGUUGUAGGAUAUUCCAGUAGUUUGAUAGGCUCUCAUUUAAAUGAGCGUAACAUUAGUGAACGACUGAAGGCAUUUUGCCCCCUGCAAACAAUGUAUUACCUGAAAACUUAUGCGAACAAUGUGAAGGUCAAUGUUUUAUUAUUCCAAGUUUUAAACAUUCUCUCUCUCUCUCUCUCUCUCAUAAUCUCUCCCACAACUAUUAUUAUUAGGACAGCAUGUUCUAAAAAUGUCCAAAAACACACUACACGGACUCAAGUCUUCCACAACACCCUUUUGCUGUGAUAUACUCCUGGUUGUACGUGCUAUACGGUAACGAAAAUCGAUCAAACCCGAUAUGUGUUGUUCUAGUUUUGUAAAUGAAUGGAAAGCUUUUCUACAAAAAAAACGUUGUAACAACAAUUAGCAAAGAACAGAACAAACAAACCAAUCCAAUAAGAGGGAGAGAGAAAGAAGAUAGAUAAAAAACAUACAAAAAACACAACGAGCGAAUUUGUUUAAAAUUAAAUGUUUAUUUUAUUUCCGUUUGCUUUCUCCUUAUUAUGUUUGUUUUGCGUCUCCCAUUUCAUUAUCUUCUUUUGUGUUUUCGUUUUGUUUUUUUUUUCUUCAACCAGCGCCACCCUUUAUUUUAUGUGUUUUUUCCUCUUCUUUUCCGCCUUCUUGCGCACAUUCUUUGUUUCGCGUUUUGUUUCUUUUCUUUUUUGCGUAUUCUCUUCCCUUCUCUGUUUCUUCUCAAUUCGUACAAUUCGUUUUCGAUUAUUCACAGUGAUUUCACAAAAUAUAGCCUAAAAUACACGAACCAUCUCAACGCACACGUUUCAAACUUCCCGCCAUUAUUUAUAUAUGCUCUUUUUCUGUUCCAACACCAUCCUAUAUACGCCCCGCUUGUACACUCGCCAUUCCUCGCUCUGUGUGUUUUGGGUGUUCCAAAACAAAGGACAUCCCACCCUCACACAUCUUGCAACUUAACUUAAAGCCGUAUUCCACAUACUCUUCCUCAUGCCUGGGAAGAGGACCUGGGGGACCAGGAAGAGGAACCAAAAGGACCUGGGGGGCCAGGAAGAGGGGAAACUGGUUGAUCGGUACAGCGGGACAGGCUUGCGGUUGAUUAUUAUUAUUAAACAGUGUAAUUAAUAUGUUCUGUUCUACCGUGUGUAUGUGUCUGUUUGGUUUCACCGGAUAUCCGUCCCAGUAUAGCGCAGUAGGAGGAGUGUGAUCAUGGUUUUUAUUUUUUUUACUAUUAACCACUAAUCACGAAACCUGAGCAGAUCAAGAACAUGUUCAAAAGGACAAUAUAUAGAGGUGUGAGUGUAUGUGUGGCACGCAGAACCAAAGAAAGAGAGGAUUUACAUAUCUUACAAACUUUAAAUCGUGCAUGAUCGAUCGCUUACGGCUUGUACUACUUAAAUUCCCUAUACCAACCCCCAAGUUCCCCCAGUCACGACCACCGUUGCCUCUCCUGCUCGCCUUAUUAUCUUUAGUAUGUGUGUGUGUGUGUGUUUUUCUUUGCCAACCCUACACUCCCGUUCUGCUGUUCCCAAACUUAACCUAACUCCAUUGCUGCUACACUCGUGCCUUACGUGCUACUAUCGGUUUUCACAAUCAUUUUUUCCUCUUUUCUCUAAAUUACAAUCUUCCUUCCGAUUUCGUGCGAUUCUCGUUAGAACUCGAUUGUUUGAUCGUAUCCCUUCCGCUUUUCUAACGCUAUCACCAUUACGCUCCUCUAACCGUUCGCACUUUCUGGCCGUUUUCUACCGCUUUUUCGUUUCGUUUUUCACCAACUUAAACAUCAUCUCAAACGAGUCUAGGCGUGAACGUUUCUCUCUACUACAAAACGCGAUUCCAAAAAAGGGGAAAUUUGAAAAUUUCUUGCGCGUUCUUGUUUAACCGCCGAAGCUCAAGAAAGAAAAGCAAAACCUGUAGAACACAGUAACGAAUCGACUAAACGAUUACACGGUUCACAAGUGAUUCGUACACAGUUGAAAAAGAACGCAAAAUUAUGCAAAAAGAAAAAAAAACAACUCACAUAUCCGGAUAACACAAGCGAGUUCCUGUAUUCAGGUUUUAUCUCCCUGCUGCUCUUGUCGCCGUUGUUAGUUCUAUUGCUUAUUGUGGUGCAUUCAUUCAUAUUGUGUGGCCCCUUCCGCUGCUGUUACUCACUAAACAAACAAACAAACACACACACACGCAUGCUUGUGGACCUACUUCUUUGUACAGGACAUAUCCUAUUGACCCCCGGAUCGUCGGAAAAAGAAACAUUUAACAUUGAACUAAAUUUAGAUAACAGUGAUAUUAAAAAAAACACACAUACCAGAAAGCAAUAUGUAACUAACGCGAAAGAUCACUACUGCUACGAUCGCGAUCGCGUCAUGUACAAGAAACACAAAAACGGGUUGAAAUAUCCUUCUUCGUCCGUCCGCUCCAUCCUUCGCUGUACAUAUUAUUCUUCAUUUAUCGUACACACUACUGUUAAAUCCAAGGCGAGAGGAAACUAUAAUUCUAAGAUGAACCAUGAAAUCAAUUUAUACAAACACAGGGAGAAGUGGAUACAGUUAAGGGAUCGCCCUCUUUUCUUGGUGGUGGGUACGCGGGUUUUGUU